CCUUGUGUUUUUAUUUAUUGUCCUUGAGCCAGAAUACUAUUAUUAAAACCCCAACACACCGCACAGGACAGAUGGUUUCACUAACGAUCAGCAGCCGCAGCGCUCAUUCGUUUAAAAUGAAGGGUGCCAAUAUUUAUUCUGCACCCCGCUGAAUUUCAUGCGCACGGUCACACGGGUACACUCCUGACCGUGCUUCUUCUCCUUCUCUGAAUAUCCCCUGGUCACGAUGAUGGGGUAUUUAACAAAAAAAAUCAGCUAGGAGGUAUAAUCCUGUACGAUGUAUCGAUUUGUCUAGUGGGGAAAAAUCUGAUGAAACCAAAGAUUGGAGUCUGAUCUUGCGUACACACUCUACUGCUCUCUGCAGUCUAAUUAAUGUUCACGUUCAACACGGUGAAGGUCGAGUUUAACGGAAGCUACGUGUUUCCUCUGAACAGUGUCCGGAGUGAACGUGUGUAAAACACUCCCUCCCUCCCUCUGUGUGUGUGUGUGCGUGUGUGUGUGUGUGUGUGUGUGUGGGGCUUCAGGCGUUUCCAUAUGUGUGUUUGGAGACAGCGCUCAGACUGAAGCUUUAAGUAUUUGUGUAUAAAAAUGGAAAUGAAAAAGCAUUGUGUGGGGAUAAAUUAGCCGCGUCGAUCGAUAUUCGCUCUGAUCACGUGAAAAAAAUUCAUCGUGUAGAAAUGACGUGAAACGAAAAUGUGUGUGUGGGGAAAAAAACGGCAUGGGUAAAUAAUUAAUCCUGUAAUAAGUGCAUGAAUAUAACUUAAUCUUUUGUAAAUAAUAAUAAUAAUAAUAAUAAUAAUAAUAAUUUAAAAGACGAACACGUGAGAAUAAAUGAACUGGGUAAGAAAAUAGAAAUCGUGACUAAAAAAAAUCUCACGUGAAAAUGAACUGGGGGAAAAAAAUCAACGGACUGUAGAAAUCACAAUAAAUAUCACAAUAAAUAUCACAAUAAAUACAUGUCACGUGUGAAAACAUUGUGAAUGCAAGUGUAGUGUAUAGAUCACACGUGAUCAUGGAUGAAACGUGUAAUAAGAAACGGUUUACACGUGAAACGUGUGUAAAAAAAACAACACCCCACGUGACUAUUCAGUGAGAACUCGGACACUGGGGUUCUGCGGGAACGAGACGCGUCUUUAUGAGACGGUGACGGUUUCCGGUGUCUCGCACGCGCUCCCUGCAGCGAGGCGCUUUAAUUGCAGUCAGAUGGAGGCGCGCGCGAAGCGUUCGACAGGGUCUCGUGUCGUGCUCGCGCAGUCUGAGUGAGUGUGAGUGUGUGUGUGUGUGUGAGAGAGAGAGAGUGAGGGGAACAGAUAACCGCAGCGCUUCACUAAAACGAUCAGUAAAAGAACAGUAAUAAUAAGUCGCUGAUAUUAAAGUGUCUGAGAGAAACCGCGGGGGUUUAUGGGACCGGAUCGACGCUCGCGCGCUGCGGGGGAAUGUUUCCUGUCACACAAUGCGACUUCUCCUCUUUUCUCUGCUGUUUACUUUCACAACAGGAUUGAACCCAUCAGAGGAGGAUCCCGCUCCAUCUCCAGUUCAGUACACGGGCACCAGCGUGGACUUUGCGUCUCCCUCUCGGGACGGUGCGACCGGCGUGACCCGCCGCGCGGACGUUUUGAGGUUCAGGAGCACGCACGCGCUCCAGACUGCGAGUGUACACCAGGGUGGAGAGUACGAUAAGACCGGACUCAGUGUUGUUCCACAGGAAAGCACACACAAUGGACAGGAAAAAGCUGGAGCCGUGACCUCCGACCUCGCCUACACCGCUCCGCCCUCGCUCACCGAUUCCAAACUCUCGUUUACCAAAAAAGAACGAGGCUCGAGUCUCUCCAGCGCUGAGUCACGAUGGCCAGGGCUUUCUGUGAACACGGCAGAGGACAUGCGUCCAGAAAAUGUCCCACGUGCGCCUACGGUCAGUCGAACUCAUUUCACUACUCCAUUAAAUGAAGCUUCAUUCACCGGGACUUCACUCGAGACUUCUGAAUCGCACGUGACCGACGGACGUGACGCGUCGGUGACGUCAUCAUCGUACGCGGCGGACGAGGGAAGCGAGAUGUCCGGGACUAAUGGCGUUUCUCGUCCUGACCGUACGAACCAAAACAACCCGGUUACUGAUGAAUCAAAUUUUCGAAGCGAGUCGGUGUCCGAGUUCAGGAGCGUCGCACGCAGGAGUUCGUCAGCGACCGCGGACACGGACGCGUCGGAGACCGAGACGGGCCGGACGAAUCGCUUACCCCCAUCGACUCGUAUUAACCAAAAUGCUUCCGAUCAUACGCUCUCGCCGCUUUUCGCCGAUUCGAGCGGCGUGACUGACGCUCCCGGAGCUUCGCUUUCACGUCAGAUCGACACGUCUACGCUUUCGGACACGUCUAAUCAUCAAGACGCUUCUGCUACUACUACUACUACUAGGGACGAGAAAAUGCCGGAGCGUUACUCGUACACUCCAAACACCGACUCCACACCGACCGAGUCCGAUGCUACACCGGCUUCACACACCGUCCACCGUGAGCACGCUACUGACCCACGGACGAACGGCACCGACGCGCAGCGCACGCCUUCCGAAAAGCUUCGCACGCAGUCGGGUUCGCCUUCGGGUUCCGUCACGUCGAGCGGACCGGACUUCGGCUCGUAUCCAGCAGACGCACUCGCUCGGGACGAUCCCGUCGACUCUACCACCGGCUUCCUUCUGUCCGUUCUCACGAGCCAGGGGAACGAUCCUACCACGACGGAGCUCGAGGAUCCGAUCACAACGCCGUGCAACACGACGGAUGGUGACGCGGACACAGAAACGAACACCAUGACAUCAGAUUCCAAUAAUCCUUCUCACGUGACGACUCGUAGCACGAGACCGACGCCGGUCACACACCACACUUCGUCGACUUCCAGGGACGAUCCCGCGACAGCUACGCCUCCGAAUCCUACACCGCCGAAUCCUACACCGCCGUCGCACACACUCGACGCCGUUACACCGCCGUCGCACACACUCGACACUGUUACACCGCCGUCGCACACACUCGAUGCCGUUACACCGCCGUCGCACACACUCGACACUGUUACACCGCCGUCGCACACACUCGACACUGUUACACCGCCGUCGCACACACUCGACACAGCUACACCGCCGUCGCACACACUCGACACUGUCACACCGCCAUCGCACACACUCCACGCCGUUACACCGCCGUCGCACACACUCGACACGGUCACACCACCAUCGCACACACUCGACACGGUUACACCACCAUCGCACACACUCGACACGGUUACACCGCCGUCGCACACACUCGACACGGUUACACCACCGUCGCACACACUCGACACGGUUACACCACCAUCGCACACACUCGACACGGUUACACCGCCGUCGCACACACUCGACACGGUUACACCACCGUCGCACACACUCGACACGGUUACACCACCGUCGCACACACUCGACACGGUUACACCACCGUCGCACACACUCGACACGGUCACACCACCAUCGCACACACUCGACACAGCUACACCACCAUCGCACACACUCGACACAGCUACACCACCAUCGCACACACUCGACACAGCUACACCACCAUCGCACACACUCGACACGGUUACACCACCAUCGCACACACUCGACACGGUUACACCGCCAUCGCACACACUCGACACGGUUACACCACCGUCGCACACACUCGACACGGUUACACCACCGUCGCACACACUCGACACUGUCACACCGCCGUCGCACACACUCGACACGGUCACACCACCAUCGCACACACUCGACACAGCUACACCACCAUCGCACACACUCGACACAGCUACACCGCCAUCGCACACACUCGACACAGCUACACCGCCAUCGCACACACUCAACACGGCUACACCGCCGUCGCACACACUCGACACGGCUACACCGCCGUCACACACACUCGACACGGCUACACCGCCGUCACACACACUCGACACCGUUCCCACCAGUACACCGUCGGCAAACCCAAUGAGUCGAAGUUUAACAACGUCCCGAAUCCCAAACCGUCUCCCUACAAGCGGAAACACACCGAUCGUCCAGCAACCCAAAACAACAACAACAACAACACAGCAAGUACACACAGACACUCGCUCUCAGCCUGGAACAUACACGCCUUUAACACCCGUGAUCACUCCAACAACUCCACGCCGCACGCUCGCUCCAAAAAACCACAAAGAUUGGUCAUACAAGGGGCGGGUCUUCAUCACGGAGGACCAACCAGCAAUCACCAACGAGGAAACGUUCGAAGUGCUGUUGCAGGUGAUCCUGGAGGAGAACUCACCCCCGGACGCAGGACUUGUGGAGGUGGAGCCUUUUUUACAAAAUGUCGCAGGGUACCGAAGCCAGCAUGUGACCUGGCACAGUGGUCCAGUUCUGCAGUCCGUGGUGAUGUUCAGGACAGCGGAGGCGGUCUCCUGGCUCGGGAGGGCGGAGUCUCUCUUGCAGGAGGCGGGGCUGAGACCACUUCCUGCAGGAGGGGUUUUUGUGAGCGGCGUCCGGGUGAAAAACAUCACAGUGGGAGGUCCGCCCAGUGAUACGUGUUCUUGGUUGUUUUCUUGUCCGUCCGACUUCUACUGCGUCUCUCUCGAGGGGAACGUCACCUGUAGAUCCAUGUGCCACUCCGAGUACUGCAAGAACCAUGGUAUCUGCGUCCAUCACGCUGCACAGCCCCCGGUCUGCCAGUGUCCUGUGGGUGAGGAUUUUUGGUUCAUGGGUCAGCGCUGUGACCUGCGUAUGACCCGACAGAGACUGGCCGGUGUGUGUUUCGGUGUUUUGGCCUCCAUAGCAGCUCUGAUGGCGCUCCUGGCUUAUCUAGCCGUGCAGCGUUUUAAGAAAAAGCUCAUUCAGGCAAAAGCAGAGCAAACAAAGAGCAGUUACCGCAGGUUCAACCACUUCGAUGAGCUGUCAUCUCGUUUUUGGAGAAGAUCCUGGCCCGGAUCGGAGGACUCGCUGGAUAACACCGCGUUCAGCCGCUCUGACGAGUUACUGCACAUGAGAGCGAUGGACCGCGCCUGCUGUUACCAUGACGACACACUGUCCAUCGCCUCUACCUACCCGGAUAGCGUUACGCGCCUCAAUACGGUGUAUCCUCACAGCUCCCAGUACCAUUGGGACAUGAGCACGUGCAGCCUAGCGGACGGCGUGAUCGAUUCAGGAAAGGCGAGCGACCUGUCCGUGUGCAGCUGGCCGAUCGAACCCAUCCAGUGGACGCCUUUCCCUUUACUACAGCAACUCAGAAAUACAAACGCAGUAAAACCCUCUCGUCCUCGGUCGUACUGCGAGGGCAUGGAGCUGGUGGGUGUGGAGAAGAGCCGGACGGCGUAGCGAGGGAUCAGCGAGGGUCAUCACACCCACACACACACACACACACACACACACACACACUCACUCACUCACUCACACUCAGGACUCGGAUGAUGUAUUUACUUGAAAUUGUAGAAACGGAGUGUGUAACACAACGCGGUUUAUUUCGGGAGACGCUCUUCUCUUUCUCUGUGAAAGAUUAUUGUGGUGUUUUUGAUAUCAUUUGAAUUAAACGUUACUCUUUA